UUCCUUGGUACUUAAUAUACUACAAUAAAAAUUCAUUAAAGUCACUUCAUUUAGCACAAAAUACAAACUAUACAAUCCAUAAAGUCUACCGUGUAAACUAUGCCUGAACUGUCAAAACAAAGUCAACAAAGUUGUGAUUUGUCAAAUAAAAUUUUGAGGUUAGUUCUUCAAUUAAACGUUUUAAAUAAGUGAAAAAUUCAAAUUAGCGUCAAAAAACCAUCAUGGAAGAACCCUCAUUAAAUUUGUUAUCAUCCCCGGAUUUUAAUCCGGAAAAGUACGUUAGAGAAUUAUCACAAAAUUGUAUUGGCGGUCAAGAACUGGCUCGUUUACGGAAAACAAUCCAAUCACUUUCAGAGGAUACAAACGGCAGUUUAAAAAAGAACGUCUAUGAUAAUUACAUGCAAUUUAUCGAUACAGCGAAAGAAAUAUCUCAUUUAGAAAGCGAAAUGUAUCAACUUAACCAUUUGUUAACAGAACAAAAGUCUUUAUUGGGUGCUUUGUAUAAUACAGCAAUUUUGGGGGAUGAUGCUUACAUUGUUGUUGAAGCAGAUCUUAGUAAAGAUAAUAAUGAAGCAAAAAAAGAGGAUUUAAGAAAGAUUAAAAUGAUGGCUUUGAGAGAAAAAAUAAGAAAUUGUCCUGAGAUAUUAGAUGAUCCCAAAAAGAUUUUAUUGUAUGAAGGAUAUUUAACUGAAUUAGAUUCUUUAGAGAACACCCCAAUCCAAAGCGUUUAUGGGGUAUUAUUUACUGAUGGUUUAUUGAUUGCUAUUUCAGAUUUCUCAAAUCGUGAAACAAGCAGUUUUAAAUUUGAUGUGUUUUAUGAUUUGGGAACCAUUGCCAUUGUUAAUGUUAAAGAUUUGGGGAAUGUAAAACAAGCUUUUAAACUCUUAGCUUUCCCAGAUACGCGAGUUUUUCAAUGCAAAUCAAGUAUCAUUAAAAAAGAAUGGUUGGACAAGUUAGAUCAAGCAAAAAAAGAUAGAUUAACACAAGAUCAAACUAAAAAAGAACCCAUCAUUGAUAAAUCACCAUCAAGAUCAUCCUCCAUUGAUGUUCCAUAUACAAAUAAUCCUUUUGAAGAACAUGAAGAAGAUAUUUUUCAUCAUCCUGAUUGGUUUAUUGAGGUUUCUGAUGAUUUAGAUGUUUCAGUUGCUCAAAGACAUUUCGAGGAAGCACUUUCUUUACUUGAUAAAGCAAAAGAAUACAUUUCUAAAUACACUCCACCAAAAAAUCAAGAUGACCACAUUUUCAAUGAUAUUAGAUUGAAAGUUGAUCAAAGACAAACUAAUUUGAUUGAUGUUUUGAUGAAAGAAUUGGAAGUAAAUCCAGAUAAAUCACUUCAAGGUGGAUUAAGAGCGGCAAGACGAGCUGUUCGUUUAUUAAAUCAACUUGAUCGUAAAAUGCAAUCAUGCGAUUUGUUUCUAAAAUUAUGCAGUAGCAUGUUAAAAAUUCAAUGUAAACAAGUAAAACGUGAAGGAUCUACGUUUGUUUAUACAAAAAAUUUAACGAGUGUUGUUUUCACAAAUUUGUGCCAUAUGACGGAGGAAUUUUUAAGAGCUUUUUCCACUUCGUCGAGUUGUAUUUCCGCUUAUGUUGUUUGGGCAAGCAAUGAAAUUGCGCUUUUUACUAGCCAUUUUAUUAAACAAGCUUUCGUCCCCCAAACAUCUUUAACAACUUUAGCUGAUUGCAUUAUUCUUGUUCGUUCGCAAUGUGAUCGUUUAUGUAAAUAUGGAAUCGAUUUGUGUUAUCAAAUCGAUGGAUCUUUAAGGGACCACUUAAACCAAGCUUUAAAAGAUACUAGAAAUAAAUUAAUUGACUUAAUUAAAGUACGAUGUUCGGAAGAUAAGUGGACCCCAAUGAAUUUAAAGUCCAGAAAUCAUUUGUCGCGGUAUCUUCAGGAAUUUAAAGAUGUUGGCUUGGAAGUUAAUAAUUAUGUAACUGGGGAUUAUUGGUUGCAGUUAACGGCGAAUACGAUGUCUUUUACGAAAGUGUUUUUAACUUUAGUAGAGGAUUGUAUGAGAUUGCAAGCGCCGGAUUUGUUGUACAGAAUUGAAAGUACUUUGUAUUCUGUUUUUGAAGCUCAAUUGAAACACAUCGAGGUUACUUUAAGGAACGAAAAACGUAAUGAGCAACGACAAUUUAUAAUAAAAAAUGCCAAUUUUCUCCUGACGACCGUUUUAAAGUUGGCUCAAGAUAAAUUCAAAGCGGUUAACAAAAUGGAAUCGGAGAAAUUAUCGAAAUUAAAGAUGGAAAAUUCUGCUUUAAUUAAAGGAGUUACUCCUACUACUAGAAGUAUUCCAAAAUACAACAACGAAGAAUUUGUUUAAAAUAUCAUAAUUUAAAGUAACUAUAACAAGGAAAAGACGUUUAUAGGAAUUCUAAAAAACAAUAAAAUCUUAAUUAAAAAUUUAUAUUUAUA